UUUAUUUUGAAGGACUGUUUAUCGAACCGGAAGUGCCUAUCCGUUGACCCAGAAUUGGUUUCCGUCGGUGAGAUGUUGAGAGGAAUGUAAAUUUGGUGCUGAAUUUUCAUGUAAAUUGGAAAAAAUACCACGACUAUAUAUUUUUUAAUUAUCUUAAAUUAAACAUUGGAGUCAAUAAGAGCUGCUCGAUGUGACUCUGGCAGCCGUCGACCAUGAGUAACAGCCACCCUCUGCGUCCACUGGCCUCCGUGUCGGAGAUCGACCACAUCCACCUGUUGUCGGAGCAGCUGGGAGCCCUUGUGCUGGGUGAGGAGUACAGCGAUGUUACCUUCAUUGUGGAGGGGAAGCGCUUCCCGGCGCAUCGGGUCAUCUUGGCAGCUCGCUGUCACUACUUCAGGGCCCUGCUGUAUGGGGGGAUGAAGGAAUCCCAACCCCAGGCGGAGGUAUGUUUAGAAGAGACACGGGCCGAGGCCUUUUCUAUGCUGCUACACUAUCUGUACACCGGCCGGGCCAGUCUCAGCUCUGCCCGGGAAGAGGUGCUGCUUGACUUCCUGGGCCUCGCUCAUCGCUACGGCCUCCAGCCCCUGGAGGAUUCCACCUCUGAGUUCCUCCGCACCAUCCUGCACACCAACAACGUCUGUCUGGUUUUUGAUGUGGCCAGUCUGUACUCUCUGAGCACGCUCAGUGCUGCCUGCUGUGCCUAUAUGGAUAGACACGGUCCCGAAGUGCUGAAUUCUGACGGCUUUCUCAUGCUCUCCAAGACUGCUCUGCUAACUGUGGUCAGACGGGACUCAUUCGCUGCUAGUGAGAAGGAGAUCUUCCUGGCCUUGAGUCGUUGGUGCCGGCAGCACGAAGACGGGGCUGACACCCAGGAAGUGAUGGCAGCAGUGCGGCUGCCACUCAUGACUUUGACGGAGAUGCUAAAUGUAGUGCGACCGUCCGGCCUGCUAAGCCCAGACGACCUGUUGGAUGCCAUCAAGACCCGCUCUGAGAGUCGCAACAUGGACCUUAACUACCGUGGCAUGCUCAUCCCUGAGGAGAACAUUGCCACCAUGAAGUAUGGAGCUCAGGUGGUGAAAGGAGAGCUGAAGUCAGCGCUGCUGGAUGGAGACACCCAGAACUACGACCUGGACCACGGCUUCUCCAGACAUCCCAUCGAGGAGGAUGGCCGGGCCGGGAUCCAGGUCAAACUCGGCCAGUCGUCCAUCAUUAAUCACAUCCGCUUGCUCCUCUGGGACAGAGACAGUCGGUCCUACUCCUACUACAUCGAGGUAUCUAUGGAUGAGCUGGACUGGGUUCGUGUUGUGGACCAUUCAAAGUACCUCUGCCGCUCUUGGCAGGAUCUGUACUUCACACCACGAGUUUGCAGGUACAUUCGCAUUGUGGGAACACAUAACACAGUCAACAAGGUCUUCCAUCUUGUGGCUUUUGAAUGCAUGUUCACCAACCGCUCAUUUACCCUAGAGAACGGACUUCUGGUGCCUGGUGAGAAUGUGGCAACCAUCGCAGCGUGUGCCAGUGUCAUCGAGGGUGUGAGCCGUAGCAGAAAUGCCUUGCUCAACGGCGACACACGCAACUACGACUGGGACUCCGGCUACACCUGCCAUCAACUGGGCUCUGGAGCAAUCGUCAUUCAGCUGGCUCAGCCCUACUCCAUUGGAUCCUUGAGGCUGCUGCUGUGGGACUGUGAUGAGCGCUCCUACAGUUAUUACAUUGAAGUAUCCACCAACCAGCAGCAGUGGACAAAGGUGGUCGACCGCACCAGGGUGGCAUGUCGAUCAUGGCAGACAUUGAAGUUUGAUAAGCAGGCUGCUUCCUUCAUCCGUAUUGUUGGGACUCACAACACUGCUAAUGAGGUGUUCCAUUGUGUUCACUUCGAGUGUCCGGCCCAGCUGGACACAGAGGUUAAUGAAGGCAGCCCUGGCCUGGACUCCUCUGAUUCUGGGUCCGCCUCCCCACAGCCGCGACCUCAACGACCGUCACGCACACACAGCCUGCUGCCUUCCCAGCCCUCUUCCUCUUCCUCAUCCUCUUCCCAGUCCCACCAUUAAGAGCCCCCCUACCUCUUGCCCCCUCACAUUGGAAGGUGUCGAGAGGAAGGGAGACCUCAGAAUGCCAUUUUGCACAGCCUUCAUCAUCCAAACUGCAUUGCUACAACGCUGCUAAAGGCGAUCGUCUCAUUGUCAUAACCCAUGGUCCUUCUGUCAUAAGUGCAACAUUAGAGACUGGUGUAUCUGUAGCAGCAGCGUUUAGGGCUCCAGUCUUCCCAGGUCUGAAACAGAAGGUUAGGUUUCACAUCCACUGGCUCAUACAUUUUGUGAAGGUACUUUUUAGCUACUAAGACUCAAGUUUUCCUUCAAAAUCAUCAAAGUGGAAUCUUUACUUCUCCAAAGACAAGGCACACACACACACACACACACACACACACACACACACACUGAAAUGUGGUUAUACUGUACCACCAAAGAGCAGUAAGACCAGUGCUGGGGGGGGGGUUGCUAUUUGAAUUUUACGAGUUAAUAUUUCCAAAAGAGAUGGAUUUUAUCCUGUAACAAGCUAUUUUUUUAAGAAGCUGUCUUAAAACGGCACUACUCACUUUUCAUACCAUCAAGCUAACAGAGUAGCAGUCAAGUAUUUUUCAAAGUUUGGAAUCAAAUUCUUCAAAGGUUUGCCAAAGCUGUGGAGCUAUUGCAUUCUGUGGCGUUUGUAUGCAACUUGCACUUAAUCCAAUUUGCAUAUUAAGUAAUCACUGUUGAGUAUUUGUUGACAGGCUUUCACACCCAAAACCAAAACCUGUGGUCCUUAUCUGGUGUGACUUUUUGAUAGUUUGAAUUCAUACCUCAAAAAAAAAACCUUGCUAAAACUUAUCUUAGAUUGAAUAAAGUGUCUUAAUUUUAAGCACUUGAAUAGCUUAGCACAAAUGAUCGGGGAUAUCAAUUAGAUUGUGAAAAUUGGGGCUAAGGGGCUUGGACCAAAUUAUGUUAUGCACUAGGGCUGCAGUGAAGAAAGUUUAUAUACAGUAGAUACAUGAGCAGCUGCUACUGGCACUUUAUUUUACUCAAGUACACAGAGAUAAAGAUUGCAGCUUGGGUCUUCUGACUGAAGUACAGUACUGGAGUGCUGGAUUUGGUAACGUUCUGUUUGUUUGUGAAAUUAAUUUAAACACUUCCUCGCUCUUGGAUCUGUCAGGUUCAAGCUGUACUUUGUGUGUUUUUGGAGGAUUGUUUUUAAAUUAAGCUAUCAGUGCUAUGGUUCCUGUUUUUGUUUGUUUGUUUGUUUGUUUGUUUCAUUUGUGUCCUGAUGUUGCACUUUUGAGUUGUUUGUCUUGAAAAACUCCUUUUUAGAAAACCUUUUAUUUGAUGUUAAAUAACCUGAAGUACCUAACUACCCUGGGUUACUCACUGAUGUUUCUAUAAGCCUUCUUUAGUCAUCCCCAUCUACAUUUUAGAACAGCACCCAUAGUUGCAUAGUUGGAAAACGUCUUCCUUAAUAACUAACAAGAGAACUGACAUAGGGCUUUGUUCAGGUUACAUUGUAAUGUAGAUUACACACUCCCCACCCACCAUCUACCUUUUAUGUAUGUGUAUAGUUUUACUUGAGGUAUAUAUAUAUAUAUAUUAGUUUUGACUAUUGACGUGUGAUUGCAUUUCACUGCCUCUUAUUCAGUACAUUGCCUGUCAAAAAUGUGAUUACAGAAACAACUGACAUUGUUUAUUAACGCUUAUUGCUGUGAGGGGUUACACCCGUCUGCUUGCCUGACUCGCUACUGUUGAUCACAGUGGAGGUCUUUGAUACAAGCAAUACAGUGAUCUCUAUCUUC